AUGGAGGAAGAGGACGAGGAUGGAUUGGCGGAGGAACUGGACUCUGAAUAUUCUGAGGAUGAAGUAGAGGUACCGAUUCCUUCUGCAUGGUAUCAGGACAUAUCCACCGGCCUUACGGUCAACGAUGGCCAUGAGACUCCAUGGCAGUAUAAUCUGAACCAAGUACAGAUAGGGGCUAUGUUUGAUACAAAGAAAAAAUUGAAGUAUGCGGUGAUAAAGUGGGCUAUGUCUACUCAGAGGGUUUUCUGGACACACAUAUCAAGUCCAACAAACUAUACCGUGAAAUGUGUUGAAACAGGUUGUCCUGGGAAGGUGCAUGGGCACGUGCCGAAGUAUGACAUCUACUGGGUUGUCACCAAUGUCGUCCCACAUAAUUGUGUGAGGAAGAACCUGCUGGUGAAGCAUCCGAACCUGACUUCAACUCUCAUUGCGCAACUCAUGUAUACUGAGGUAGUAGAGAAGAAAGAUAUGGAAGCAAAACACAUCCAGAUAGCAGUGAAGGUCAGAUGGAAUUAUGUCAUUCCUUAUGGGAAGGCUUGGAGGGCUAAGCAGAAGGCUAUGGAGGAAAGGUUUAGGACGUUCUUCGACUCAUAUGAUAAUGUUGUCCGUCUCCUUGGCAUACUGAAGGAGAGGAAUCCCGGCACUUAUGUGAACGUACAACGCAUGAGGUUGCUGAGUAUACCAGAUUUCAAGGUGUUGAAACGAGUGUUCUUCUCUUUCGCUAUUUGCAUCGAAGCUUUCCGGCAUUAUCCUCCUGUUAUGUUUGUGGAUGGUGCAUUUCUGACCAGUCAGUAUAGAGGGCAAAUCCUGACUGCUAUUAGUGUGGACGGGAACAAAUCAAAUCAUCCCACUUGCCAUGACAUUUGUGGAGGGUGA